UUCCAGAUACCCACAACCCCCCGCGGGAGCGGGACUGGUCGACCCAUGGGGUAGGCGGGGAGGCGGAAGCGGGCGGUGCUACGGCUGACUGGGAAAUGUCAGCAGCUGGACUGUGGACGGAUUUUCCUUUCCCGGGAGCCGGCAGGCCUUCUGGUGAUCGCCAGCGCUGUCGUCUCUGAGCGUGGAUCCCAGAACCUGAACAGCUGUGACGGCCGCCGUUUCCCGGUCCCAUCCAGACGCUGUCUGGCGAGAUCGGACAGUGAGCCUAAGGCGGAACGCGUGAGGCGCUUUUGAGUGUGGGGUCCAGGGCCGAGCGCAGGCGGAAAGAGAGGGGACCCGGCAGACCCCAGGUGGCCGCCGCCGCGGGUCCCACGUCCCUAGCUGCUGAGUGGGGACGGUAGCCCAGCCCGCCGGCCAGAUAUGGUCCAGACCUGUACAUGAAUAACUUUGGUUAGUGAGAGUGAAAUAUCCAAUAAUGAGUGGUGCAGCUUUGGGACUUGAAAUUGUUUUUGUCUUUUUUCUGGCAUUAUUUCUACUUCAUCGAUAUGGAGACUUUAAGAAACAGCAUAGACUUGUAAUUAUUGGAACACUGCUUGCUUGGUAUCUCUGCUUUCUUAUUGUCUUCAUACUGCCUCUGGAUGUUAGUACGACAAUAUACAACCGGUGCAAGCAUGCUGCUGCAAAUUCAAGCCCUCCUGAGAAUAGCAACAUUACAGGAUUGUACGCAACUGCUAACCCUGUUCCAAGCCAGCAUCCUUGUUUCAAGCCAUGGAGUUACAUUCCUGAUGGAAUCAUGCCAAUUUUCUGGAGGGUAGUGUAUUGGACGUCACAAUUUUUAACCUGGAUUCUCUUACCUUUUAUGCAGUCAUAUGCAAGAUCAGGAGGGUUUUCCAUCACUGGAAAGAUCAAAACUGCACUAAUUGAGAAUGCAAUCUACUAUGGCACCUAUUUGCUGAUUUUUGGAGCAUUUUUAAUUUAUGUAGCUGUAAACCCACAUUUACAUUUAGAAUGGAACCAGCUUCAGACAAUUGGUAUAGCUGCUGCAAAUACAUGGGGUCUGUUUCUUCUUGUGUUGUUGUUGGGUUAUGGCUUGGUGGAAAUUCCUCGAUCCUACUGGAAUGGAGCAAAAAGGGGUUAUCUACUUAUGAAAACGUAUUUUAAGGCAGCCAAACUGAUGACAGAGAAAGCAGAUGCAGAAGAGAAUUUAGAAGAUGCCAUGGAGGAGGUUCGUAAAGUGAAUGAAAGCAUCAAGUAUAAUCACCCAUUGAGAAAAUGUGUUGAUACAAUACUUAAAAAGUGCCCUACGGAGUAUCAGGAAAAAAUGGGUAGAAACAUGGAUGAUUAUGAAGAUUUUGAUGAAAAGCAUAAUAUUUACCCAAGUGAAAAAAGUCUGGUAAAACUGCAUAAACAGGUGAUUUAUUCAGUUCAGAGACACCGUCGAACUCAAGUACAAUGGCAGAUUCUUUUGGAACAAGCAUUUUAUCUAGAAGAUGUAGCAAAAAAUGAAACUAGUGCUACUCGUCAGUUUGUUCACACCUUUCAAUCGCCAGAGCCAGAAAAUCGAUUUAUCCAAUAUUUUUAUAAUCCUACAUUUGAAUGGUACUGGGAAUGUCUUUUGCGACCAUGGUUUUACAAGAUACUUGCUGUGGUUCUGUCCAUCUUCUCCGUAAUUGUUGUGUGGUCAGAGUGCACAUUCUUUAGCACUACUCCUGUCUUAUCCCUCUUUGCGGUCUUCAUACAGCUGGCAGAAAAAACGUAUAAUUAUAUUUAUAUAGAGAUUGCUUGCUUCCUUUCCAUCUUCUUCCUAAGUAUCUGUGUUUAUUCUACUGUGUUCAGGAUUCGUGUAUUUAACUAUUAUUACUUGGCUUCACAUCACCAGACUGAUGCUUAUAGCCUUCUUUUCAGUGGCAUGCUAUUUUGCCGUUUGACACCUCCUUUAUGUCUUAAUUUCUUGGGUUUGACCCAUAUGGAUUCAUCUAUCUCUCACAAGAAUACUCAGCCAACUGCUUACACAUCUAUUAUGGGUUCCAUGAAAGUUUUAUCCUUUAUUGCAGAUGGAUUCUAUAUAUAUUAUCCUAUGUUGGUGGUAAUUCUCUGCAUUGCUACUUAUUUUAGUUUGGGAACCCGUUGUUUGAAUCUGCUUGGUUUCCAGCAGUUUAUGGGAGAUGAUGAUAUGACAUCAGACUUAGUUAAUGAAGGAAAAGAAUUAAUCAGAAAAGAGAAGAGAAAAAGGCAAAGACAAGAAGAAGGCGAAAAUCGAAGAAGAGAAUGGAAAGAACGUUAUGGACACAAUAGAGAAGAUUCCACUAGGAACAGAAAUAUCCAUACUGACCCCAAAGAGUCAAACUUCUCAGAUGUUAAUACCAACCGUUCUGCAUUCAAAUAUACCAGGGCUAAUAACAGGACUGAAAGGGACCGGAUAGAACUUCUCCAAGAUGCAGAACCUUUGGAUUUUAAUGCAGAAACAUUCACUGAUGAUCCUCUUGAAUCUGAAUCAGGAAGGUAUCAGCCUGGUGGACGAUAUCUCUCGAUGUCUCGCAGUGACAUAUUUAAUGAUGUUUAAAGUCUGAAAAAGUUUGUGGGACCACUAACCAAGGUCAACACAUCAGUUCAGUCUUGAUGAACAUCUGUGUACCCUAGAAUUUCCUCUAUACUCAGUGAAAAGUGUCAAGAUAACAAAAAAGACACUGAGAAUUAAUUAUGUCUUAGGAAUAAUAGUUUAAUGUGCAUUGAAUAGAGUAUCACCUUUUCCAACAAGAUUUAUUACGUAUCAUUUCCUAAGCAUCUGCCUUAGAAGUAGAGUUACAGUGGAAGGAUUUUUAAAAGGAUCAACAUAUGUUAAGAACAUGCAGUUCAGUUUGUUUCAGAUUAAUUUUUUUUUUUUCAGGAGAGUUAUUUUAAAGAUUCAAGGAAGCCAUAAGUCAUACUAAAUAAUAUUAUAUACAGUUUGAUUAUUGUGACUUUCAUUUUUGUUACUUCUAAAAAAUAUAUUCAACCUGUAUUUCUCAAAGAAAUGUAAGUGAAUGGAGACCUCAAAUAAUAACUGUAUUCAUAAAA